AUGCCCUCAUCCUCACUCAGGUUGGCUGUGGUGUGUAUGAGCAACAUCAACAGGAGUAUGGAAGCCCAUAGCAUGCUCAGGAAGAAAGGGAUCAGUGUCCGGUCUUUUGGAACUGCAUCCUUUGUGAAGCUUCCAGGAACAAGACGCAAGCGGCCUGUGGUUUAUAACUUUGCAACAACAUAUAAAGAGAUGUCUGAUGACCUUGUCAGGAAAGACAGAGAAUUCUACACCAAGAAUGGGAUCUUACAUAUCUUGGGAAGAAAUGAGAGAAUCAAGCCCGGCCCAGAAAGGUUUCAGGAUUGCACCGAUCCCUUUGAUGUCAUCUUCACCUGUGAGGAGAGCGUGUAUGACCGAGUAGUGGAAUAUCUGUACUCCAGGGAACAGGAAACCUUCCAGCCUGUGCAUGUGAUCAACGUGGACAUCAAAGACACCCAAGAAGAAGCCACCCUUGGAGCCUUCCUCAUCUAUGAGCUCUGCCAGUGCCUGCAGCAGGCAGAAGACAUGGAAGACAGUGUGGGUAAGCUGCUCCUGGAAAUGGAGGAGAAAUCAGGGAAGAGUUUUCUUCACACGGUCUGCUUCUACUGA